AUGGCCGUAGGUCUCGCUUACUACUUCCUCAGGAAGCAAUGCCUUCCGCUACCACCUGGCCCUCCCUGCGUACCGAUCAUAGGACAUCUACCAUCAUUGCCUCAAGAUGAUCAAGCUGAACUUGUCUAUCAUGAAUGGGCGAAGAAAUAUGGAGAUGUGAUACGAGUAACCACUCUAGGACGCCGAAUAAUCAUUCUUGGCAGUCAGCAAGCAGCAACUGAUCUCCUUGAAAAAAGGAGUGGCAUAUAUAGCGACAGAACUGAAGCCCCCGUCUACGAAAUCAUGGGUUGGGGUGUGAACCUUGCGUUCACAAGAUACUCAUCCCCUCGAUUUCGAAAACUGAAAAAGAUGCUUCAACAGAAUCUCUCGCAAAGGGCUUGCGUUCAGUUCCAGCAGAUUCAAACAGAGAAUGCGCAUAUCUUAGUGAACGACUUGUUGGACAAUAAGGGGGACUACUUUUAUCUAGUCGGCAGAUACGCCACAGCUAUAUCAAUGAGAAUUGCGUACGGUCAUCAGAUCUGUUCUGAUGACGACGAGUUCAUUAGAAUUAGCACGGAGGGUGCAAAUAGUUUCUUGGUCGGCGGAACGCCAGGCACCACAAUGAUUGAUCUACUUCCUAUCCUGAGGUACUUUCCUUCUUGGUUCCCAGGCACACAUUACGCCGAAGCAGCACGCAAGUGGAAGCCUGUUGUAGAUCGGAUGCAUGGACAUCCAUACAACACUGUGCGCAACCGGAUGGCCCAAGGAACAGCAAGGCCCAGCCUUCUGGCGAGCGAGUUACAACGCUGGGGCGAACAAGAGUUAUCAGACGAAGACGUCAGCGUGCUCAAAGGCUUUGGUGGCGCGAUCCAUUCUGGAGGCACAGAAACUGUUGAGUGGUCAACAUCAAUACUCGGGUCGAAAACGUCUGCUGGUCUAGCAUUAUUCUCUAUGGCCAUGAUUCUACACCCGGAAUGCCAAAAGCGUGGACAAGAAGAGAUUGACCUGGUUGUGGGAAAGGAUAGGCUUCCUACGUUCGCGGAUAAAGAUUCACUGCCCUACGUGACCUGCAUUAUGCAGGAGAUUUUGCGAGGCAUCUCUUUGGACGAAAACGUCUACAAAAACCCUACAGAGUUCAAUCCCAGUCGAUUCUUGCCCACGUCGGCAGGCGGGAAUGGAGAGCCAGUGUUCAACACAGUAUUCGGAUUCGGUCGAAGGAUGUGCCCUGGGAAAUACUUGGCACCCGCGAGUCUCUGGAUUGCAGUAGCGAUUAUGCUCUCAACCCUCCAUAUCACAAAAGCGAAAGACGAACAAGGCAAUGAAAUCGUACCCUUAAUGGAGUUUGACCGUGGGGUGGUCAGUCACAUCAAACAUUUUCCGUGCGAUGUUUCAGUCCGUUCCGAGAACGCGCGAAAGCUUAUUUCUAAUGCUGUUGAAAACAUUGAUGUUUAA